UAGAAUUCCAACUUGCUGGAAUGAAAGUAUCCCACAACCAAUACCAGACAACAAGUUGUAUACACACCGACUCAUAGAAUUGCAUGUUUUGGGCUAUCCGAUGCACUCUGGUGAACUGUAGUUGUCUGUGUUUCAAACCUGGAAAAAUAAACCAACGACAAUGUGACCAGUGUCGACAUGGAUGGGUAGCACAUGCCCUAAGCAAAUUAAGGAUCCCCAACCUGUAUCCAACAAGCCAGGUAGAGAUAGUACAAUCCAAUGUGGUCUUCGAUAUCAGUAGCCUCAUGCUGUAUGGAACCCAAGCCAUUCCUGUCCGCCUUAAAAUCCUGCUAGAUCGUCUUUUCAGUGUCCUGAAGCAAGAAGAGGUAAUACAGAUUCUCCAUGCACUGGAUUGGACACUGCAGGAUUAUAUACGUGGAUAUGUGCUACAGGAUGCUUCAGGAAAGGUGCUGGAUCACUGGAGCAUAAUGACCAAUGAAGAAGAACUGGCUACUUUGCAGCAGUUUCUUCGCUUUGGAGAAACUAAAUCCAUUGUAGAGCUAAUGGCAAUUCAAGAGAAAGAAGGGCAGUCAAUUAUAAUACCUACAACGACGACUAAUUUGGAUAUUAGGGCAUUUAUAGAAAGUUGCAAUCAAAGAAGUCCUAGUCUUUCUUCUUCCAUGGACAAAAUGAGCCCUGCCAACGUUCAUCACUUUGAGAACAUUGUAAAUAAUAUGGCUUUCAUGCUGCCUUUUCAGUUUUUCAGUCCAGUGCCUCCACCUUUGAUAGGUUCACCACCAGAAAGACAUUUGCUUGAGCAAGGUCAAGACCGCAGCAAUGAAACUAAACAAGAUGUUCAGAUACCAUUUUCUGAAAGCAGCUUCUUAAUUUCCAGUUCUACUUCAUUUCAAGUUGAAAACGAGAGGAGCAUAAACAGCCCAGAUGCCACUACUAAAACAGAAGACGAUGCCCCUUUAAGUGAUUCUAGCUCACAUAAUACAAUAACAAAGCUUGAAAGGACAGAGUUAUCUCCAGAAAAUAAAAUUAUAUCUAUUGAAAAAAAUGGCAUUGGGCCUAGAAAAGGACGAGUUUUCUGCACUGCCUGCGAAAAGACAUUUUACGACAAAGGAACUCUGAAGAUCCACUAUAAUGCUGUUCAUCUGAAGAUCAAACACAAAUGCACAAUUGAAGGCUGCAAUAUGGUGUUUAGUUCUUUGCGAAGUCGAAAUCGUCAUAGUGCAAACCCCAACCCAAGACUCCAUAUGCCAAUGAACAGAAACAACAGAGAUAAAGACCUGAGGAAUGGUUUGACUAUCGCUGGACCUGAAGAAACUAAAAGGAUGGACUUUACCAUUUUAACCCCAGGUAGCAGACCUAUUACCAGCUAUGUCAGCCAUUGCACAGAUUCAAAGGUGCAAUCCAGUUUUCCCAGUAUUGGACAGAACGGUGUUCUCUUUCCAAACUUAAAGACAGUUCAGCCAGUUCUUCCUUUUUAUCGCAGUCCAGUCACGCCAGCUGAGCUUGCUAAUACCCCAGGCAUACUCCCUUCUCUACCUCUCAUUUCUUCAUCAAUACCUGAGCAGCUGGUUGCUAAAGGAUUGCCGUUUGAUGCACUACCCAAGAAAAAAUCCCGUAAAUCGAGCAUGCCCAUCAAAAUAGAGAAAGAAGCUGUUGAGACAGCUAAUGAAAACAGCAACCUUGCCAGCUCGGAAGAUGAUACACCUCUGCAGGUGGUAAGUGAUGGAGAACUGGAGACCUGUGAGCAUAGGAUUGAAAAGCAGAUGAGUGACAGGGUGGAAAAGCACCCCAUUUCAGGUAAUUCAUGGAAAUCUCUCUCUGGGGUAGAGGGCCCAAAAUAUUUUGAUUCUGUCAUUGAACCAAAUAACAAAUACAUCAAGGAAACCUCUGAGAAUGAAUUGGAUCACUCUAAGAGAGAGGUUACGCCAGAAGAAAACCAAGCAUUAAAAAUAGCUUCUCAUGAAAUGAUGUCUGAAGAUCCAGAACAACACCACAGUGAUGUUAUAAAACCAGUGACUACAUCCUCUCUUUAUAUUAAAGAGCAGUCAAAGCACCGGAUUCCUAAUAAUGAUUGCACUGAAUUGCACCACCACUUGCUAACCGGGGGCCUUUUCAGUGCUUUGUCAAACAGGGGUGCUGCUAUUCCUUGUUUAGAAGACUCUAAAGAUAUGGAUCAUAUCAGUCAACAUACACUAGGGAUUCAGAAGGCAGAAAGCCGCUUUCAUUGUGACAUCUGUAAGAAGACAUUUAAAAACCCUUACAGUGUAAAAAUGCAUUAUAAAAAUGUACAUCUGAAAGAAAUGCAUAUUUGCACAGUUGAGGGUUGUAAUGCUGCUUUCCCUUCUCGUAGAAGUCGAGACAGACAUAGUUCAAAUUUAAAUCUUCAUCAUAAGCUUCUGACCAAAGAUACACUGGAAUUCAAGGACAACUAUUUCAAUGCAACAUACCUCUUGAAAGACAUGGCUAAGGAGGUUUGUCAAGAUGUGUCUUUAAAACAACAUGUUGGACAGACUUCUGUAAUCUUCAAAGGAAUGAACAGAACAGGCAGCUUGGUUUUUCCACUGAGCAAAAUCAGAGAACCCUGUUCUGAGAAUUAUGGAUAUGAUCCAAUGAAUGAUGGUGCUGUUCUGGAUUUGAGCACUACUUCCAGCAUUAAGUCUGAGAGCAGUGCACACUCCUCUUGGGAUUCUGAUGGAGGAAGCGAAGAAUGCAUCAUGCCUUUGGAUGAUAGCGAUGAAAGUUGUGAAGGGCCAAGCUUAAUACCCAAUGAAGAGCUCUACCCGGACUGUAGUGUAAUUGAGAAGGCUAAUCAAAGCUUUACAAAUUUACCUUCCAGUUUGCCAAUAACUUGUCAUAUAUGCCAAAAAAAUUACAGUAAUAAAGGAACCUUCAGGGCCCAUUACAAAACUGUGCAUCUCCGCCAGCUCCACAAAUGUAAAGUCCCAGGUUGCAACACAAUGUUUUCAUCUGUCCGCAGUCGAAACAGGCAUAGUCAGAAUCCCAACUUGCACAGAAGUCUGACCAGAUCACCAAAUAGCCUCCAGUAACAACAUACUAAUCUCAAGUGACUUUUUGCUAAGCGUAAAUCAUUUCAGAUAAGAAAGAAUUGGAAAGAUUUUUAAACAAAACAAACCAACCUCAUUUGAUGCUGGGCCCAUUUAACAUAUGGGGUCAAAUUCUGCUCUCACUUAUAUGGAUGCUCUCCUACAGCUUCAC